GGAAGAAUGAAAAAAAGCAGCGCAACUGGCUUUAGGUCCAGGUUUUAAUUUGAGGAGCAUAUAGUCUAUGGAUACCCAUGUUUCUCUUUUUCCCUCAGACAGGUUUCCAGGCUUGUUUUUCAAGUUCUAUCAAAAGUCUAUUCUCGUUUCCAGAUAAACUAGCCGCGUGGGUAGGAAAACCACUGGCUCUCGGAAAUGCUCCACCUUCAUCGGGUUCCCAUACCAAGUCAAAGCCACCGGCAAGUUGGAAUGUGAUUUAUCUGAGUUCAGAGACAGGUCUAAGAGUGGCUCGACAGGUCAACAUACGACGAUUUAGGCUAUCUUUGAGCAGAAACUGAGAUGGCCAGCCAGAGCGAGGUGAUUGACCGGUUGAGGGCUACGUUCCGGUCGGGCGUGACCAUUCCAGAGCAGUUCCGUAUGACCCAGCUCCAGAACCUUCUCUUCCUGGUCGAAGAAAACGAGCAGCUGAUACAAGAUGCUCUCCAUAAGGACCUCCAUAAGCCCAAGUUUGAGUCAGUCCUGUCAGAGAUUCAGAUAACGCUGAAUGACCUGUACUUCGCCAUGGAAAACCUCAGGACCUGGAUGCAGCCGGAAUACAACAUUGGCAAGAAUCUGGCCACUAGGAUGGACGACUGUUUCAUACGCAGGGAACCCUUGGGGGUAGUUUUAAUCAUCGGGGCGUGGAACUACCCUCUCCAUCUUAUUCUCUUACCUUUGGUUGCUGCAAUUGCUGCAGGAAACUGUGCCGUUCUGAAGCCGUCAGAGAUCUGUCAGGCCACCGAGCAACUCCUGGCAGAACUCCUCCCAAAAUACCUGUCUCAGGACUGCUAUGCAGUACUAUGUGGGGGAGCAGAGGACACCAAGUCAUUGCUGAAUAAUAAAUUUGACCACAUCUUCUACACAGGUUCCCAGGCAGUAGCCCGCUCCAUCCUGCUAGCGGCGGCGCCUCACCUGACCCCGGUCACCCUGGAGCUGGGCGGCAAGAGCCCCUGCUUCAUCUAUGGCCGUAUCGACAUCCAGAAGGCUGCCAAGCGCCUGUGCUGGUCCAAGUUCUUCAACACCGGCCAGAGCUGCGUGGCACCCGACUACCUCCUCUGCACAGCCCAGACCCGGGACGCACUGCUGCCCGCCCUCCAGGAGACCCUACAGACCUUCUACGGGCUGGACCCCGGGGUGAGCCCAGACAUGGGGCGCAUCGUCACCCAGCGCCACUGGAGACGCCUGGUGGACAUGCUGGGGAAUUCCAAGGGGAAGGUGGUGAUCGGAGGGGACAGCCGCGAGGAGGACAGGUAUAUCGCUCCCACAGUGUUGGUGGACGUGCAGGAGUCAGAUGCUCUGAUGCAGGAGGAGAUCUUUGGCCCCAUCCUGCCCAUCCUAACCAUAGAGUCUCUGGAGGAGGGCAUAAACUACAUCAACCGCCAAGAGAAACCCCUGGCUCUCUACGUCUUCUCUGACGAGACCUCGGUGGUGACCACAGUGUUGAACAAUACCAGUAGUGGGGGUUUCUGCGGCAAUGAUGGUAUAGUACACAUGGCCUUGCCAGGCCUGCCCUUUGGAGGAGUUGGUGCCAGUGGGAUGGGCAGCUACCACGGCCGCUGGGGCUUUGAGACGUUCAGCCACAGGCGGGGCUGUAUGAACCGGAGCUGGUUGCUGGAGAGGGUCAACGUCCUGCGCUACCCGCCCUACAGCGACUACAACCUGGGCUGGUUGCGCUGGGCCACCACCUUCAAGAAGAACAGCUGGGGAGGCUGCUCAGUCAUGUGAAUGACACUCGGUGCGUGCAUGACUGUACUCCCAAAGCCAAAUGGGCUUUCCUUAAAGGUCCAAUGCAGCCAUUUUUAUCUCGAUAUCAAAUCAUUUUUGGGUAACAGUUAAGUACCUUACUGU